AUGGCAUCUAACUGCCAGCAGGAAGCUCUUGCUCAAGUACACCAGAGUGCAACUGCCAGCGGGAGGGACAUGUGCAAACACGACUGCAUGCGUGAGUCAUUCGAACUGCACAGGCGAAGGAAAUACUACAUGUACAUGCUUCAUCGGAUUCGUGCCAGAUUUCACUGGCCUGUGCAACCAUUAGGAAGGGAAGAGAAAGGUGGGGAAAAUAUUAGAGUAGAAAAGGAUGAGAUUCCUGCAACUCUCUUUUCAACACCUCAGGAGGAGUAA